AUGGCGUCGUCUAGCAAGCUCCCCCUGCUCUUCCUCCUGCUCGUGGCGGCGGCGGUGCUGGCUCCUCCGGCGCAGGCGGCACCGCAAGUGUACUGCGGGGACUCGCUGUCCGGCCUGAUGGAGUGCCGGAGCUUCAUGUUCGGCGGCGCGGCGGCGCCCUCCCCCGCGUGCUGCGCGGCGUACGAGGCCACCUUCGACGCCAACCCCUUCUGCCUCUGCUACGUCGCCGACGGCACGUUCGGGCGCGCCACGGGCUACGACGUCAACGUCUCCGACGCGCUCCGCAUCCCCGCCGCCUGCAACCAGUUCCAGCCGCCCAUCGAGCUCUGCGCAAUGCAAGGGCUGGUGCUCCCUCCCUACGCGCCGGAGGGCACGCGAGCGCAGCCUCCGGCCACCGCCGCUGCCGCUCCGACGGCGCUGCCACCUUCAGGGUCCUCGGAAGCGCCACCGUCGUUCACCUAUCCGCCGCCGCCGGCACCGACCUCCAAAGCUGAUCCGUCAGAAGAUGCGUUCUUGCUGUUGGUCGCCACCGCGAUCCUGUGGGCGCUACUUUAA